GGCUGGGCACGGGUGAAGAGAGACAGGCACAUGCGUCUUGGGGCACACCGGGAGCCAGGAGAGCAGGAGAGCACUCUCUGCCCUGUAGCCACUUUGGCAAGAAGAUGACAGACCCCCAGGGGUGUGCUGGCCAGGGGAAGCCCAGCCUGUCCUUUUCCAUAGAGGAGAUCUUAAAGAAACCUUCUGCCAGCACUGCCCUAAGCAGGGAAACCAGGAACAGAAGUAGCUACGCAGAGAGGCCACAAGCCCUAAAAGCAGUGUCACCACUGGCCUUUGAUUCCAGCAGCAGGAGUCAGUUAGACUGUGACUUAUAUUCAGCCAAAAUGCUUCUCCCUGCCAUGUGUGCUACACACAUAGCCAGGGCAAAGAAUAUGCAGGCAGCUCACUGCAGAAGACCUACUGGCAGCCCAGCUUCCCUCCUGGGUGAGGAUGAACGACAUCAACACCUGGAAGGCAAAAGAAAACACGAGGAAGAAGAAGAUCAGAUAUGUGAUUUUCCUGUGGACCAUCCACUUCAUGUUGAGAGGAAAGGCAAGCGGAGAAUCCGGACAACAUUCACAGCCGAGCAGCUCCAGGAACUGGAGAAGAUUUUCCAAGUGACUCACUACCCAGAUGUCCAUAUUCGCAAUCAACUGGCAGCAAAGAUAAACCUCCCAGAAGCCAGAGUUCAGAUCUGGUUCCAGAACCAGCGAGCCAAGUGGAGGAAACAUGAAAAAUUUGGCAACUUUGGUGGCCUUCAGCAUCUGACAGAAGUUGAUUUCAUCCCUGCUCCCAAGUCGUGUAUCACAGCUCCAAGCUUGAUGCCAAGAAAGCUCGCUGCUACCAUCCCUGCCGUGGGAUACUACUCACCGCUGCAAGGGCAGCUGACUACUGCCUGGCUGCCCAGCACGCUCUCCUUCAUCCCUCACCACUUAGAGCUCCUGCCCUUCCCAAAACCAUACUUGCUUUUCAAUGUCCUCCCCGCUUACGGUGUGCCGCUACCCCACAAGUUGGAAAGGAGCAGUGCCUGCACCAGUUCCACAUAGAGAAGAAUACGGGGAGCAGGGGAAGUCUGGGGCAUGUUUUUCUCACCCAUGACUAAUUUGGGAGUGUGCGGUUCCUCUCCUUGAACAAGACUGCUGGGACGAUGGGUGGCCUGUGAUGCAAAGACAGCUUGCUGCAGGAGUGCCACCAUGAGCAACAGCAGCCUAGCAAGCACAGGCAAGAGCCACCAUGGACCAAGAAGGAAUUCCCCAUCUGCUAGAGGAGCAGCAUGCUCUGCAGAAACCCACCCACUCAAAUGAUAGCCUCUUCCUGAGGGAAUGGUGCAUGGAGCAGCCCUGCAAAAGAACUGGGGUUUUACUCAGCCCUGAGACAAUGCUGGAUGACCCAAUUGUAUUGGUGGAUUGAAGCAGGCAAGAUGCCUGCCAAGGUGUGCAUAGCCCCACAGUCCAGCCAAAGGGGCUUUCCUCCUCAGGUUUAUGCUGCUUUCCUCAUGUAUGCUGGUCCUCAUGCGCUGGGGAGAGCAAAGAACAUGCUUAGGUCAAAAAUCAGACUUUGAAGAUACUUUUCUUCCCCAAAGUAGUCAAUGUGUGAGGGAGGUGGGUUUGAUAUGCUGUGUUGGUGACUUGAAUAAAGGGGCACGAACACAGUUUGAGCUGAAAUACAACAGUCUGAGAGGCGUAGCAGUGCUGAGCUCUGGAUUUGGUACUUUGAGUCUCUGGGGGCAAUAGAAUUCUUCAGCUGGUUAAUUAAAAUGCUUAUUAGGAAGCCUCUCAUUUUUGACCCAAAUUAAGAAAGCUCCAAAACUCUCUCAGAAACAAUAACGAAAAGAGACAGUCUUAAUCUGCUAGACAUAAUAGGAUGGUUUGACCCCACAGUUUGGUUUAAUUGUACAUCAAUAAUGAGAUCAGCCUGCCCACUUACAAGAUGACUCUAUGGGUUAUUAUUUACAUAAUAUUAAUCUCCUUCCAACAUAUGGUGCUUUUUUUCCCCCUGCUUAUUCAGAGUCCAAUCCUACCACUAAUUUCUGCACUGACUUUCAUGAGAAGCACUGUUGGAAAGCAUUGUUUAAAGGGUUGAACAAUCUUUUGUCUUGCAGUCACAGCACAUACUGCAUACACAUAGGGCAAGCUACUGAGCAAAGCCAUUAAAAUGUGGUCUCCCUCCCAGACAUACCACUUGUAAGGGUGGCCAUUCAUGACAGAGUCCAAAAGCAGUGCAAAUCGUGACCCAAAGGCUUGCUGGGGAGGCUGUCCUGUGCACAUGGGAGUGCAGGUAGGUUAAUGACUCUGAAUAGGUUGCUUACUUCAGAAAUCCCUCCAGCCAGACCACAGCUGCCAGGUCUUCAGCCUUCUUCU